CGGUUUCUCACAAAGAACGUUUGAAUCGACGCAUUACAGUAGCACUCGAGAAUCGACGAGGACGCUAGUAGCGUCUUCCACAGGCACACGCGACGCCGUGGCGUCGUCGUGACGCUGCACGCGUGUUGCGCGUAGUGUCGAAGGCGUGUGUGCCUUUUGCUUUCGUGUCUCGCAAGUUUCAGGAGACGGUGUGGCAGUAACCGCCUCCUCGCAUUCUCCCGCAGUCUCGUUAGCCCGAUGCGCUCCUCCUUGCGAGACUAUGGCUUCGGUGAAGGUGGCCGUGAGGGUUCGACCCUUCAACAAGAGGGAGGUGGCGAUGAACGAGAAGCUGAUCGUGCAGAUGGACGGCAAGAAGACGCGGAUCUUCAACACCAAGACACCGGAUAGCUGCAGAGAUAUCGACCGUGGAAAAUACAAAGACUUCACGUUCGAUCAUUCCUACUGGUCCUUCGACCCGAACGACGACAAUUAUGCGUCCCAGGAAGAGGUUUUCUACGGUCUUGGUACGGACGUAAUAGAAAGUGCCUUUGAGGGCUACAAUGCCUGCGUUUUUGCCUACGGCCAGACAGGAUCCGGAAAGACCUUUACAAUGAUGGGCGCGCCGGAGUCUCAGGGAUUGAUACCGCGAAUCUGCAAGACGCUCUUCGCUAGAAUGGCAGCGGGAAAGGAGAGCGGGGCGUCAUACAGAACGGAAGUAUCUUUCCUAGAAAUCUAUAACGAGAGAGUAAGAGAUCUGCUCAGACUGGACCAAAGCCAAUCCCAUUCGCUAAGGGUACGAGAACAUCCCACGGGAGGGCCCUACGUCCAAGAUCUAUCAUGUCAUCUCGUCUACGAUUAUUCGGACAUUCAGGAAUGCAUGGUGAGAGGUAAUACGCACAGGACUACAGCCAGCACAAAGAUGAACGACGUGAGUAGCAGGAGUCACGCGAUAUUUACGAUAACCUUCGUACAGGCCGGCCUCUCGGAAGGCAACAUGCCGUCGGAGACUGUUUCCAAGGUGCACCUUGUCGACUUGGCCGGAAGUGAACGUGCGAACGCGACUGGAGCGACGGGUCAGCGACUGAAGGAAGGCGCGCACAUUAACAAGUCCUUGGUGACUUUAGGCACUGUGAUAUCCACACUCUCGGAACUCAGUUCCGUCAGCGGCGGCGAUAUCUCGACCGCCUCGAAGCGGAAUGCGUUUAUCCCUUAUCGGGACAGCGUGCUCACAUGGCUGCUGAAGGAUUCCCUCGGCGGCAAUUCCAAGACUAUCAUGAUAGCGACUAUCAGUCCGGCGGAAUGCAAUUACAACGAUACUCUUAGCACUCUCAGAUAUGCGAAUCGCGCGAAAAAUAUUAUCAAUAAACCGACCAUCAACGAAGACGCGAACGUGAAGCUUAUCAGGGAGCUCCGAGCGGAGAUAGAAAAGUUGAAAUCUCUUAUUGAUAAGAAUAUGAGCGUAGAAAGGCCGCCACAAGUGUUAUUGGCUCAAAUCCAAGAGAAGCAAGAACAAGAGAAAGUACUGACGGAGGAAUGGACCGAAAAGUGGCGGGAGACGCAACAAAUUCUGCAAGAGCAAAAAGCGCUGGGACUACGAAAAAGCGGAGUCGGUGUCGUUCUCGACUCGGAAAUGCCGCAUCUGGUUGGCAUCGACGACGAUCUGCUCAGUACCGGCGUCACGUUGUAUCACUUGAAGGAAGGAAAAACGCUAGUCGGAACUGAGGAAGCUCCUGUGAUUCAGGAUAUUGUGUUGACCGGUGUCGAUGUGGAACCGGAACACUGCGUGGUCGAGUUGGACAGCGGCGUAGCGACGUUGCAUCCGCUCUCAUCCCACUGCUGGAUCAAUACUGCCCAGGUAGACAAGCCGACAAGACUAUCGCAAGGCUGUAUUAUCCUCUUAGGCAGGAACAAUAUGUUCCGAUACAACGAUCCAGCCGAGGCGGCGAAACUCCGGAAGGAGGGCGGCUCAGGCAACGGUAAUCUGCAGUCGACGGUCGUCAAUCUGUCGAGAUUGUCGCUCUUGAGCUGGAGUGUCUCCGAUCUGCACGUUUCAUGCUCCAGCGACAAUCUGUUGAACUCGAGCGAAGAUCUCAGAGCGGCCGAGGAACUCGAACAGCAGAAGGCCGCGCUUUUGAAAGAAAAGGAAGAUUUCAAGAGGGAACAAGAGGAGCGCGAGGAGAGGUGGGCCGCGAGGAGGGAAGCGCUGGAGGGUGCCCAGCGCGAGCUGGAGCGCGAAUGGGGCGCGCAGUGGAAGGAAUGGGCGGACGCGAUUACGACGCUGGAGUCGCGUCAACGCGAGCUGCGCGCGCGCCGGCAUCUCCUGGAGCAAGAGCGACGGGACGAAAUGACGCAAGUAGAAAAUAUGUGUAGGGAAGUCGCCUAUCUGCGCACAUUAUUGCAGUCCAAGCAUCGACAGCUACAAGAGCUCGCCAACAGUCACGAACGUGCGCAAACUUAUCAGCAUCGAUGUGAGAAGACGGAUAACGGCACCGGUAGUGACGGUAGUCUGCCCGAAUCGUGGUCUAGUCUCAACGACGAAAAGUGCAUCGAUAGUGUCAGAGAAUUGGUCAAUCAUCACAAGAAAGAACUAGCUGCCUUAGAAAACGAGUUGCAGAGCAAGGUCAAGUCUCUGAACGAACAUCAAAGUAAAGUGGACAAGAUGGAAGAGGAACUGAUAGAGAUCGCGAAGAGGCAGAAGCAGAUAUUCAAGGCAGAAAUGACGGGCGAAGGGGCGGAGAAAAAGUUGUGGUUGGCUAGACGAAGCCAGGAUCAGCUUGAUGAGAUCGAACGGCGGAAGCAGAGUCUGUCGCUGGACUUGAAGCGCGUUCUACCCGCGUCGCCGGGUUCGUCGAAUGGCUGCAACGAACCGAGCACCAGCUGCGACUCGACGUCCUUCCAGGAAGCGAGCAACAGAAAGUUCCAGAUCGCCACGGCCUUGAGUCUGUUGCCGCAGAGCAUACCGAGCUCCGACACUGCCGAGACGUUCCACACAGCGGCGGCUGAUUCUCCGGAGCCUCGCCUGGUCUUCGAGAAUGCCGACACGUUGCGGAUGAAUAAUUCUGCGAGAAACGGACCCUGCGAGAACUCGGAGGAUAAUAAAAUCUCGUCCCAAGGAAUGAAUAAUAUCGGUGAAGGGACGAGCGACGAGGAGGGGAAGCAGCCGACCGCGGUGUCCACAAUUCCGGAGAGCAUGCUUCAAGAUUCGCUGGAGUCGCCGAUACAGCAGAAUCCGGCGAUGAGGCGGCUGAACCAAAGAAUCGCGCGCCAGCGGAUGAUGGUGAUGAGAUGCCUGGACGCGGGCACCCCGUCGAAGGAGGAUCUCAAUCGGCAGAUAAUGAUACUGCAGGAUCUGCAGAAGCAGCAGAUCGAACUGGAGGUGUCGCUGCUGGAGGACGAGCGGAAAAGCCACUCGACCAGCAGGCAACUCCAGUGCGGCGACGUCGACGACGGCGACGAUAGGCUCGUCGUCAGCGAGACCGAGGACUAUGUACAGAAAGAACCAAAUGCUUACUGUAGUGUUGUAGAACCUACGAAUAAUAGUUCCGCCAUUCUAUUAACGGUAGCGCAACCCAGAUCUCAACUUUUCAGGAAUAACAGGCCUAAUGUUAACGAUCAAGAGACUUUGUCGGAAUCGUUAGCGUCCAAGAGAUCCUCCAGUCGCGGGUACUCGACCGUUUAUCUAACAAGCCAAAAUCGCGGCGAUCGCUUGAGCAGUCCGUACUCACUGACGAUCACGAGAUCUCUACCAUCAUUGAUAGGGAACGAUGGUGAUUGCGAUAGCGUGAUCAACAUAAUUGUUAGUGUACCGUCGUAUGUGAUACGCGGCGCCGGCGCGUCCAGCCACUACGAGUACGAAGUGCGAGUCGUGGCGCAGGACGACACCUGGACACUGCUACGUAGAUACAGGAGAUUCCGGGAGUUGUAUGUGUCGAUGCGACAGAAAUACGGUAGCAAGGUUGCAGCAAUACGCUUUCCUCCCCGCCAAGUCUUUCCAAGGUAUGAAGUAGUGGCUAGGCAACGCCGGAAACGCCUCGAAGAAUAUCUUCGCCAAUUAAUUCAAGUUUGCUCGGAGCUGCCGCACUGCGAGCCUCUAUAUAAACACAACGGCAAUCUUAGCAACAUAGAUAAACAAUCCCUGCUUGAAUUCAGCUCGUUCUUCAGACGCGGUAUGUUUGAGAGCAGCAAAUACGGGACUAGCUAAGAUACUAUCGUUGCAAUUCUCAUCCUUGCGAAUGCCGAAAGAACGAGCGAGAGUUCGAACGAGUAUGUGACAGACAUUUGUAAUUCAUUAUAUUUUUUCAUAUUUCGUUUUUUAUUUAUAAGAAUGUGCAGCAGCUAGAGCGGAAGAGAUAUCAAUGUAGCAACAAUCGUGACAGCGGCAUUUAUACAGAGCGAGUCCGUAACGUUUGUAUCAUAUUUCUUAAACCAUCGAUUUUACGGGAAGUCACACUCGCAAGAAGGAUCACUUGACUCUCAAAUUUUUUCCGCGCCGUAUGCGGUGCGUUAUCGAUUAUAUAAAUUAUAUAUAUUAUAUAUAUUAUUGUAUUAUUUUUUCAAUUUUAAUAUUUUAAGUUUUAACAUCUUUAUCCGUUUUGCUUUUACGGAGAAGUACAAAGUCAUUUGAUUCCUGCAUUCCUUUCACUCGAUAAUUUGAAUAUCAACGACAAGACUGUAAUUUUCUUUCCGUAAGAUUGACGAGUUUAAAUUCGCUGCAAACUAUUUAUUAAUAAUCGAGUUACAAAUAUCAGGUGGCUUGUUCUGCAUAAAUCUUUAGUCAUCACAAAACUAUAUGCUUCCAGAAAUUUUAGCGAUCGUAAGACUGGUUUUAAGAGACGAAUGUUCCUCACUAAUAUUGUCUCGUACGCGAGAACAAGCCUGCAUGGGAACAUUAACGGGAAAAGCAACGUGAUAUAUUCUUUAUGAAAGAGACAGAAAGAGGAAAUCAGGCGGUUGGAGAGACGAAAAACAUAUCGCGUCAUAGCGAUUUAUUUUUUCUUUUACAGAUAUUUUCCUAAUGUCUUUUUCUCCCGAUAGAAUUCACAAUCACGAAGUGUACCUUCCUUCGAUAUAGUCGAAUCGUAUAGUCGAUGUAGUUGAUUAUAAUUCUGGUUACGUUAACUAGCACAAAAAUAAAACGAGCGUUAUUGUAAAUUGAAAUCGUGGUAAAACGGAUCCGUCAGCCACGAUGAUUAUAACUUCGCAUGUAGUUCGCUUAUGCUAUAGCCGGAGAGUAUUUAUUUUAAUGCGCCGAAGUAACGUUUUGUACGCGCGCGACUCGAAGUAGCGGAAUCGACUGAAAGAACCACUUUCCAUUAGCAUAAUUAUCAGCUUGUAAAAGAUAGCGGUGUGUUACAAGCGUAAGAGUUACAUCAUAUCGCUGUUAAAGUUCUUCCGGUUCCGGGGAUCUAUAUAUAUAUAUAUACAUACAUAUAUAUAUAUAUAUAUAUAUACAUAGUAUAUUAUAGUAUAUGUUGCAUAAAUGUGUAGUGUGCGAGGAAUCAACAGACCAUCGUUAAAGUUGGAGUCGUUACACAAUUUUCAGCAUUUAUUUGAAAUAUUAUUGAACCAAAGCUUGAUCACAUACGAUUAUACACGAUUACAUAAUUAUCGAUUUCGAAAAUGCGUUAUGGUAUUGCUAAAAAUGACGAUCGGUCAAAUUGAUCGGUCUAUGUGCAAUUAAAAAGUAUUAAAGUUUACCAAAAACGUUUUUUUGUUUUUGUUUAUCGGCAAGAGUUUCGUUUGGGAUAAUAUAUAAAAUGCUUUCUCAAAGUUACAUAUCAAGAGACGCGACGAAAACAAAAAGUAAUUAGCUUCGCGAAAAUUCGCUAUUAUUCAGUACGUUAAAAAUCUAUAAAUACUAAGCGCCACACAAAUACGAUAAACACGCUUCUCUGUAGUACGAUAAAAAGUAUUUAUUCCAUGGCUGUGUGUAAUCGGACUCGAGGAAACCCCGAGGAAUCAACCUGGCUAAGUAGUUAGUAGUAAACUUGGCGCUCUAUAGCAUAACGCAACACCGUUUGAGAGGUGCGUAUCGCGUAUUAAUCGAGGUGUGUACAAUUGAGGCAGUUAUUACUUAUUCGAACGGACAUUACCUCACAUUUCAUACGAUUCACCGUGCGAGAAGAGCGAUCCAUCGUCGUCAUCCGCUUUUUUUAUACUCGAAUCUAAUUGAGACUUAUGUUCGGUAAAUGUAACAAUGGAGUACAAUAAAUUGUUAUAAUGCA